AUGGUAAAACAAUCCAAUCUCCAACGUUUUAUGUUCAAGAAAAGAAAUAGUGAGAAUCCUAGUGCUAAUGUCGCUCCUACAAAUGAUUUACCUCAAGAAAAGGCUAUGGAUUUGGGUGGUUUAAAUUCUAAUAGUGUGCCAUUGGAGGAGAAAGAAUUGAUUUAUGAUGUUGAGCUUCUUCCUCAUGAUCCGGGAAAAAGAAUUAGCAUAAUGGAUUAUCCUCCAAAUAUGCGCGAUUCAAUUAGAAGAGCCUAUAUUCUUAAAAAGCCUUGCCAACCAAAAAGUCAUGAUUUUCCUCAAAAAGACUUUGGAGCUUCAUCACGCCGAUUUAUUCCUUCUUGGUUUAAAAAAUGGGAUUGGCUUGAAUAUAGUAUUGAGAAAGAUGCCGCAUUUUGUUUUGUUUGCUACUUGUUCAAGAAUGAAGUGGAAAAUAAUGUGGGGGGAGAUGCAUUUGUCAAUGGAGGGUUUAAGUCUUGGAAUAAACCGGAUAGGUUCACGAAACAUGUUGGUGGAGUUAAAAGUAUUCACAAUCUUGCUUAUGAGAAAUAUGUGAAUUUAAGAGAUGGCAAAAAGAAAUCAAUUCUUGUUUCUUUUGAUAAUGCCAAUGACUUGAUUCAAAGAGAGUAUGAAAUUCGCUUGAAAGCUUCAAUUUCUUGUGUGCGUUAUCUAUUGCGACAAGGCUUGGCAUUUCGAGGACAUAGAGAAAGUGAAGAAUCCCUUAAUAGAGGAAAUUUUAUUGAACUUUUGAAAUGGUUGAAGGCACAUAAUGAAUCUAUUUCAAAUGUCACUUUAGAAAAUGCUCUAGGGAAUUGCCAAUUGAUAGCUCCAAUGAUUCAAAAAGAUAUUAUGAAUUGUUGUGCUAAAGAAACAACUAUGAGAAUAUUGGAGGAGCUUGGUGAUGAUUACUUUGCUAUAUUGGCCGAUGAGUCGAGUGAUGUGUCCCAAAAGGAACAACUAGCUCUUUGUUUGCGAUAUAUUGAAGGAAAAACAGGAAAGAUAGUGGAGCGAUUUAUUGGACUUGUUCAUGUUGGUGAUACCACAGCUUUGUCUCUUAGAAGUGCAAUUAUGUCUUUACUUGUUGAACAUUCAUUGAGUCCAUCUAAGAUUCGAGGGCAAGGGUAUGAUGGGGCUAGUAACAUGAAGGGUGAGAUAAAUGGUCUCAAGACCUUAAUUAUGCAAGACACCCCAAGUGCCUACUAUGUUCAUUGUUUUGCUCACCAACUUCAACUAACUCUUGUAGCCAUUGCUAAAAAGAACAAUGAUUGUGUUUGGCUCUUUGAUACGCUUGCAACGUUGUUGAAUGUGAUUGGAGUUUCUUGUAAAAGAAGAGAAAUGCUUCGAGAAUUUCAAGCACAAAAAAUUGCUCAAGCUUUGGAAGUUGGUGAACUUGAUACGGGAUCCGGGUUAAAUCAAGAACUUGGUUUGAAGAGGCCGGGAGAAACUCGUUGGGGCUCUCAUUACAAAACUCUUGUGAAUGUCAUGAACUUGUUUUCUACAAUUGUUAAAGUUCUUGUGAUGAUUGGGGAGAAUGGCUCUAAUUCGGAUGAUAAGGUGAAAGCUCAAGGCAUUUUGUACCCACUAGAAUCAUUUGAUUUUAUUUUCAUGGCACAACUAAUGUCUACUAUACUUGGGUACACUAAUGAUUUGUGUCUUGCUCUGCAAAGAAAGGAUCAAGAUAUUGUUGGUGCUAUGAGACUUGUCACUUUGACAAAAGUUGUAUUACAGAAAAUGAGGGAGAAUGGAUGGGAGGCUCUUUUAGAUAAAGUUACCUCAUUUUGCAAUGAUAAUGACAUUGGUGUUCCAGAUAUGGAGUCUCGAUAUAUCCCUCAAGGAAGAUCAAAGCGUUUUGCUCAACAAGUUUCAUAUCUUCAUCAUUUCCGAGUUGACGUGUUUCUAGAAGUAAUUGAUUUACUACUUCAAGAACUUGACAAUCGAUUUGAUGAGGUCAAUAUGGAGUUGCUUAUAUGCAUGGCUUGCUUAGAUCCUAAAGAUGGCUUCUCUUCUUUUGACAAGGAAAAGGUACUCAAACUUGCAACUUUUUAUCCCUCUGAAUUUUCAAGCAUUGAUUUGAUGGCUCUUGAAUGCCAACUUGAUAUAUUUAUGGAGGACAUGAAAAGAGAUGGUGGGUUUCAAAAUUUACAAGAUGUUGGUUCUCUUUUGAUGAAGCUUGUUGAAACUAAGAGACAUGUGACUUAUCCUCUAAUAUUUUUGCUCAUCAAGUUGGUGUUGAUUAUUCCUGUUGCUACUGCAAGUGUAGAGAGAGCAUUUUCUGGAAUGACGUAUGUCAAGAAUAGGCUACGAAAUAGCAUGGGUGAUCAAGUUCUAAAUGAUUGUUUGGUUACUUUUAUUGAGAAAGAUAUGUUUCUACAAGUUUCCGAUGACGAGGUUGUGAAACGCUUUGAAGAAAUGAAGACUCGUCGAAAGAUAAAUUAG